AUGUUUUCGGUAUCUAUGGCUAUUAUGACGAUACCAUUACUUUACAGUUAUGUCACUCAUUUGCAUACUAAAGUUUUGGACGAAACAGAUUUUUGCAAAAUGAAUUCACGUAAUAUGUGGCAUGAAAUUUUCGCAUUGAAUAAUCAACGUCAAGACAAAAGACGUGAAAAACGUGGUUGGCUAUUUGGGCAGUGGCGUGAUGACGACGUUGGCGAUGCGGGGGGCAGCGGUGCAUAUGGUCCUCCAUCACCCGCGCCAUUGUUUGAACCACCAUCACCACCAGCAGUAGCUGAAACAUCAGAAAAAACAGUAGUACGUAUGAUGCAUUGUAUGUGUGAAAAUGGACCACCUGGAGCACCAGGAUUACCUGGAGAUGAUGGAAAAGAUGGCAAAGAUGGAUUACCAGGUCAAGAUGGAAAACCCGGUAAAGAUGGCAAAAUAAUACCGCAUGAUGGCUUACAAAUUGAACCUUGCAUAAUUUGUAUGCCUGGUUCUGCUGGACCAUCUGGACAACCGGGGAAUAAAGGACCACCAGGACCUCGUGGUGAAUCUGGUCAGCCAGGACAUGAUGGAAAAAAAGGAUCACAAGGUAUGGUUGGACAACCCGGUCCAGUGGGUAAAACAGGAGACCCUGGACCUCGAGGCAAAAAAGGAGAAGAUGGAAAGGUUAUCCCCUUACAAGGACCUUCGGGAUUACCGGGACCAGUUGGGCCACCAGGACCUCCAGGUCUAAAAGGACCAAAAGGAAAUCGUGGAAAUACUAUUUUCGGACCACGCGGUGCACCAGGCGAACCCGGCAAAAAAGGCAAAAGUGGGCGAAAAGGACCGCCAGGAUUGCAAGGCAUACAUGGAAUGAUCGGUUCACAUCUUCCCUUGUUUAAAUAUACUUUUCAAAUAAAUGUUAUUUAA